AUGUGGAAAGCAACUCUCAUUUGGCGAGUUGCUAGUGCAUUUCUUCAUUAUUUUUUUUUAUGUGUGAUAGGUAAAGAUGCGCCAAUUGAUGUGAUAGCAGAUUUCAUUGUUGCUGCUCAGUUAGCGGAAAAGUAUGCAGAAGAAUCUGAGGAUGUCAUUCCAGUUGUUGCUAGAGAACCAGAUGUUCCCAAUGAAUUACUGUUUGAGAAAAUGGAUAAAACCUUACGUUUAUUGGAAAUGGGAUUCUCUGAUCAUCAAAUCUCAAUGGCAAUUGAGAAAAUAGGUACAGAAGGUCAAAUUUCAGAUCUCGCUGAGUCAAUCAUUGCUGGUGAAGUUCCUGGUGGUUUUCAUCAUGACCUUGCAAAUACAGAAAAAAAAGUUUUAGCGGCUCCGUCUGCAGCAAAUGGUGCAUGUCCUUCAAAAGGUUGGAGAUUUGUUGGUGUUGGUGCCCAGAAAAAGGAUGAUGAUGUGGGUUCGUCGAGUGGCACUGCCAAUCUAGGAGAGACAUCAAAGGGUAAAAAACUGAAAGAUGAAGUUGAGAAUGCCGACACUGAUGACCGAAGGAAACGGCUAAGACCUGGGUAUAUGGGAGAUUCAAGUUCGUUUAUGGAACUUCCAAGAAUGCAAGAUGAGUCAAAAGAGAACACAUAUGGAGUUCCCAGUGCAAUGCAGCCACGUUUGUCCCAGGUGCUUCAGCCAGAUGUCGCCAAAAGACCUUAUUUCCUUUAUGGAAACAUCACUGAAUUAUCUCCUUACUGGUGGUCGAAGAUAUCAAGCUUCUUGGAUGAAAUUCAGCCUGAACAUGUUGAUACUCGGUUAUUCUCAGCGUUCCAUAGGUUAGAAGGGUAUGUGCAUAAUCUCCCUACUGAAAACCGGUUCAAGAUCCUCCCAAGACAACAGUUGACUUUGCAAGACAGAACACCUGAAUAUCUAGAGUCUGUUAUGGGAUAUCCAGCAAACCACACAAAAAUGGGUGGGGUAGGACUGGCUGAGAGAUUGAAGAUGCUUGACUAUUGCUUCCAAACAGAGACGUUGGCAUAUCAUCUCUCUGUCCUCAAGACUUUGUUUCCACAGGGAUUAAGAGUUCUAUCGUUAUUUAGUGGAAUUGGUGGCGCGGAAAUUGCAUUAAGCCGACUUGACGUUCAUCUGAGAUGUGUGGUAACCGUUGAGCACUGUAGAUUGAGCCGGGACAUAAUGAAAAGAUGGUGGAAUAAUUCUGGACAAACUGGAGAGCUUGUGGAGAUUGAAGAUAUCACGAGAGUGUCGUUAAAGAAGUUGGAGAGUUUAGUUGAGAGAUUUGAAGGAUUUGACAUUGUCAUAUGUCAAAACCCACCAACACCAAAUGAUUUCUGUGAAGAAAGCUCAAGAAGCCAAACAUGCAAAUUUGAUUUCUUGUUGUUCAACGAAUUUGUUCGUGUGUCAAAACGUGUCAGAGAUAUCAUGGAGUUAAAGCUGACCAAGUGAUUAGGCAGGC